AUGAAGGUAUUAUCUGCUACGGCACUCGCGCUCCUUGUGCCCGCGAACGCGCUAUUGCGUUUUCCAUGUGCCCAGCUUGUGAUUGACAGGUUAGACCCAUUGGUCACGCCUGGGCAAGCACCUUCACCGCAUCUGCAUCAAAUAUUGGGAGGAAAUUCCUUCAAUGUCACCAUGGCCCCGGAAAAAGACAUGCCUAAGGAGUCAACGUGCACUUCCUGUCAGUUCAGCGAAGACUUCUCCAACUAUUGGACUGCGGUGCUCUACUUCAAGGCCAGGAAUGGCACGUACAAGCGGGUUCCACAGAUUCCCAACUCUGGCUUCAACGGAGUUAAUGGCGGCAUGACUGUCUACUACAUGCAAGAUGGUCUAUAUAAUUUCCAGCAAACGUCCAAGGUUCAGGCCUUCAAGCCCGGAUUCCGCAUGUUCAUCGGCGACGUUAACGCCCGUACAAAGGAAGAGGCUGAGCGCUUCAGGCAGCUCACCUUCACAUGCCUGGAUGACAUCAAUACUCGUGACCCGCAGACUUUGGACUUCCCAACACAGCCAUGCAAGACGGGCAUCAUGACUGCAGUUCGCUUCCCGACCUGUUGGGACGGCAAGAAUCUCGACUCGCCCGAUCACAUGGCACACAUGUCAUACCCCGAAUUCGGCUCCUUUGAGUCCGGCGGUGCAUGCCCCGCUUCGCAUCCUGUCCGCAUGGGUCAGUUGUUCUAUGAGGUCAUUUGGGACACCAGCAAGUUCAACAAUAUGGCUGACUGGCCCGCCGAUGGAAGUCAGCCAUUUGUAUGGAGUUUUGGUGAUGGUACCGGCUACGCGAACCAUGGCGACUACCUCUUCGGCUGGCAAGGCGACGCGCUACAGCGCGCUCUCGAUAACCCGUGCUACCAGAACUGCCCUACGCUAAAGACGCAGAAUGCAGCUGCUAUGAACAAGUGCACUGUUCCCCGCGUUGUCAAGGAGGAGAUUGACACCUGGGUUCAGGAACUUCCUGGUGGUCAUCAGGCGCAGUAUGUUAAGAAGAGGUGGACCGAUUAA